AUUCGUUUGUGUACACAAUUAUGUUCUUGUUAUAUUCAUGGAGAAGAACCACCGCUCUUCGCUCUUACACUAUAAUCAAACAUUCUUGUUCUUCUUAUUCGACUUUGGUAUCUGACGGUAACAUCAUCUCAAUCCAACACUUUCAUUCUCUUCUGCACAAAAAUGAAUCAAACCUCAGAAUCAUCCACCAGCUCCAUUCUCACAUCACCACUUCUGGGCUUCUUCUCCUUCAUCAGAAGCAGAACUCUGGGAAAAUUUUUCUAUUCAAUCCUCUGCUUCGAUGCUAUUCUCUUGGCGAAACCCCUCUUCGGGCUUACUUCCUCUACGACCAACUCCAGCGGCUCCAUUUCUUGUCUGAUCACAACAAGAGACUGCCUCCUUUUGAUAGCUUCACUUACCUCUUUCUCUUGAAAGCGAGUUCGAAUCCGAGAUUCCCAUCUUCACUACUGGGAAUUGGACUCCAUGGGCUGACGCUAAAACUGGGUUUUGAAUUUCAUGUCUACGUGCAGACAGCUUUGGUCGGCAUGUACCUCGUUGGUGGAGACAUGAUUGAUGCUUACAGAGUGUUUGACGAAAUGCCUGAGAGAAAUCCGGUAACUUGGAAUGUCAUGAUCACUGGCCUGACUAAUAUGGGAGAAUUUGGAAAAGCUCUUUUCUUUUUGGAGAAGAUGCCGAAUCGGACGGUAGUAUCGUGGACCACUAUCAUUGAUGGGUAUGCACGAGUAAAUAAACCCAAAGAAGCUAUACUCUUGUUUUCAAGAAUGGUUGCUUGCGACGCCAUAAUGCCAAACGAGGUAACCAUUCUAGCCAUUCUCCCAGCUGUUUGGAACUUUGGAGAUCAAAAGAUGUGCGGAUCGGUUCAUGCUUAUGUCAGGAAAAGAGGGUUUGUUCCAUGGGACAUCCGUGUCACAAACUCACUCAUCGACGCUUAUGCAAAAUCUGGGUGUAUUCAAAACGCGUUGAAGUUUUUCAUGGAGGUUCCAAACGAAAGAAAGAAUCUGGUAUCAUGGACAACGAUGAUCUCGGCGUUUGCAAUGCACGGAAUGGGGAGAGAAGCGGUCAGUAUGUUCGAAGACAUGGAAAGAUUCGGAUUGAAACCGAACAGAGUGACCAUGGUGAGUGUGUUGAACGCUUGUAGCCAUGGAGGUUUAGCAGAAGAAGAAUUUCUAGAGUUUUUCAACAAAAUGGUAAAUAAAUACAAGAUCAUGCCGGAUGUAAAACACUAUGGAUGUCUAGUAGAUAUGUUGAGAAGGAAAGGAAGAUUAGAAGAAGCAGAGAAGAUUGCUUUGGAGAUCCCAAUCGACCAGAAGGCCGUGGUUUGGAGAAUGCUUCUUGGAGCUUGUAGCGUUUAUGAUGAUGCAGAAAUGGCUGAGAGGAUUACUAGGAAGCUAAUGGAGUUGGAAGGCAGCCAUGGAGGAGACUAUGUGCUUAUGUCCAACAUCUUUUGUGGUACUGGAAGAUUUUCAGAUGCUCAGAGAUUUCGUAAACUGAUGGAUGUUAGAGGAGUGGUUAAACAUGCAGGACAUUCACAGUUGACAUAGCAGAACACAUACUAUAUA